AUGGAUUGGAUGUGGUCAUUCAAAGAUUCUUUGUUUUACGGAAUCUGUUCAUGUUCAGGAGCUUCACAUGUUGGAUUGGAUCCCAUUCCGGACGACAAAUGUGAUUAUCCUCUUCGUCUUAAAAGCUUUAAGAGAAAUUCUGUUAACGGCGAUCAUUUCUACAACGAUCUCGAUAAGAUGAGGCAGAAUGGUCUAUUCACUACAGCAGUUCAAUACGGCGAAAAGUCAAACGAUUUUCUGAGCUUGUUGGAGAAGAUGCAGAGUCAACGACUAGAUGAUCAACGGUGUGAGAUGCCCGGAAGAAAUAGCUGCCAAUAUGACUCUACUGUCCUUAUGAGUCAAAUCCUAAUUGAGCUAACGGAACCUAAGCUUUUCCUCGUAACUCAUGUAGAAAAUGUGCUUCAAGUGUUGAGAUGCAUGUGUGCUUACUCUAUUCAAAUCUGA